AUGAAGGCAUACAGCAGGGCAGUUAGCGUACGCUGCGUGUGGUUGUUCCUGGUCACAUGGGUUGGGGUUGCUGUUUCCCUUCAUGCUCAAGCUGUGCCGGAACGCCUUGCCACGACGCUCGCCCACCUCCCUGCGACAGCGACCCUGGCAUUCAGCCGCGAACAGCUCUACACCAGCCAGAAUGCCGCCAACCACUCCCACCCGGCACCACACAACUGGCUCUAUCGCUACGUUGAUCGGAUUGUGGUGGCGACGCUGUCAGAGCGGCGCGAGCAUGUACAGGCGUUUCUCGAUCACUUGAACGUGGACGCGCUGCUGUUCGACGUUCACACGGGAACAGAGGCCCUUGCAAGUGCCAAGCUCCAUCCAGUCGAGCAAGAGUACAUACAACGACUGGACGUUGCUAGCAACGGGACAAACAAGCUGGCAUUAUUACAUACGAAGCGCGACGUGUUCAAGUGCGCGCUCAAGGCGGGGGCAACGCGAUUGCUGUUCUUUGAAGAUGACUUGAACUUUUUGCAGCUGAAUGUGGAGCGGAUACAGCGGCAGAUCGCGGAGAUGUGGGGGAGCCUACCGCGGACAUGGAAUAUCUUGAACCUGGGUCGGUGCCUGGCAUUUUGUGAUCUCCAGGUCAACUACCCCAACGGGCUAGUCCACGACCUGUUUAGCCUGUGCCACCACAGCAUCGUCUUUGACGACGUGGCCAUGAAAGUUCUUGUCGAAACGUUUGAAAGGCACCUACCGGCCAUGGGCUCCGAUCUCAUGGUCGCCUUCUACACGUUCCGUGGAUACCUGGUGGGGAUGAGCAGCGCCGUCCCCGUUUUCUUUCAGGACCGGGGUGUGAUUAGCAGCGCACUGCACAGCAAAAACGACCCGCUGGUGAAGCAAGCACCGCUGACAUGCAUGACCCCCGACAUGGAGGCGCGAGGGCGCACUGGUUCAUUCAAGGAUGUUGAUGUGACCAUUUACGACAUGCCCAAGCAGCCACAGGCCCCCAUUGAUGUGGCGACGGCGAUGGCCGGUCGCACCAUAAUCUAG